AUGGACCCAUUCAGAAUUAUCAUCGUAGGAGGCGGAAUUGCCGGCCUAGCAGCUGCAAUUGCUCUCCGCGCCGACGAUCGACAAAUCACCAUCCUCGAGCAAUCACCCAUUAACAAAGAAAUCGGCGCCACGAUCUCCCUACAGCCCAAUGCUUCGAAGAUCGUCGAGCGACAAUGGGGUCUCUCUGCGCUGCUCCGUGACCGAGGAUCAAUGGUCGACGAGGCGUUUGAGAUCUACAACACGGAUGGGGAAAUGCAAAUCAACAUUCCGCUGUUGACGAGCGAGAAGUACGGCGCUGAGAGAAUGGUUUAUCAUCGCGCGGACUUGCAUUCUGUGCUCAAGCAUAGAGUCACGGCGGAUGAAUACCCCGGGCGACCGGUCACCGUGAGGGUUUCAUCGAGAGUGGUAGGUUGUGAUUGCCAAGAGGGGCGGGUGGAACUGGCAAACGGGGAAGUGAUGCAGGCCGAUCUGAUUAUCGGAGCGGACGGGAUUAAGAGCUCCCUUCGAAAAGCCGUGCUUGGGGAGGACGUCGAGGCGAAGAGGACAGGGUUAUCCGCAUAUCGAAUGAUGGUUCCGACAGAGGAGUUACGGAAGAGCGACUUCGCCGAUGUGAUUGAUCCUUGCAGAUCGUGCACGACCAUGGUAAUGGGAAUUGAUCGUCGUUUGGUUAUGGGUCCGGCGAGAAACAGCUCGAUCUAUGGCAUUGUGGCCCUUGUCCCGGACGAACGUAUGCAGGAAUCUUCGAAUAACACGAGUUGGACCACGGCUGGAGAUCGGAAUAAAAUGCUGGAUACGUUUUCCGGCUUCCCUGAGUGGGCGCAACGGCCGCUGCAGCUCGCCGGUGAGGUCGGACUGUGGCAGCUGCGCGAUUUGGACCCUUUGCCUACGUGGUACCGAGGAAGAGCGUUACUGAUUGGCGAUGCGGCCCAUGCGAUGUUGCCGACUCAGGGCCAGGGCGCCAGUCAGGCGAUCGAGGAUGCGGAGGCUGUCGGGGCCUUCUUCGCCGAAUUUGAAGGGAAGAACGAUCCGAAGUCGGUUGACGCGAUUGAAAAAGUCAAUAGAGCCGUCUUCGAGUGUCGGCACGAUCGGGCAAGCACUAUUCAGGCUUAUAGUCGACAAGCAGCAAAGCCAGCAACUGACCCGGGAAACACAAGAGUGAAGAUGAGUCCAGGGGAGUUUAUGGAUUACAAUUGCUCGUAUGGAGGAGCGCUGGACUGGUCCCAAAGGCAAAAAACAGAGGUUGUCGUAUAG